AUGCAGCGGACUCUAAAAGAAGCUUGGGUAUGCAUUGAAGACUUGAAGCUUGAAAAAUAUCGUCUUGUAACGGAGGAAAAUGGAGCUGACCGUGAUGUUGCUAUGGAAGGAUCUAAUGAUUUGUUCAUAGGCAACUGUAAUAGUACAGAAGAGUCAGAAAGAAAUGAUCAGGUUUUUCAGCAUCUGACCUGCAUGGAUUCCAGGGAUCCACUGUUUGGACAGAGUGACUCUCCUGCAGCCUUGCCCAUUGCAGUACGCCUCUCGGGAUCUGCGCCUGUGCGGCCACCCCAGCCGCAGCCUCACUCUGCAGAGGAGUUCCACCUGGCAGACCAAACUGGGCAGCCUCUCUGCGAGCUGCAGCCCCUAGGCGGGCCCGGUGCACCAAUGAUGAUUGUUGCCAGCCAGUCAGAAAAUGGACAAGUGCUGCAUGUCAUUCCUUCUGCCCAGCCAGGAAUGGCCCAAGUGAUUAUUCCUCAAGGUCAGCUUCUAGAUGUGACCAGCACACAGGAUGUUUCGGAAGAGAAGUGUCAUGAUGGGAACUUGCAGACUGUGGCGGUGGCUGCUAUAGCAGACAGUGCAAGCAGUUACAUUCUACAUCCUCAGGCAUCUCUCACCGUGUCGAAAAAAACAACCACCAGGGUGGUAGAAGAUCCCUUUCCCAUCUCUCUCCAGCCAUUGCCGCCAAAUACACCUGCAUGGGCGCGCCGUCUCAGGAACUGCGAGAAAAUUGGGGACUCAUACCGCGGCUAUUGUGUGAGCGAGACAGAAUUAGAGAGCGUUCUAACGCUACACAAGCAGCAAACACAAAGUGUGUGGGGGACACGCCAGUCUCCAAACCCAGCCAAACCUGCCACACGAUUGAUGUGGAAAUCUCAGUAUGUCCCAUAUGAUGGGAUCCCCUUUGUCAAUGCAG